UUCCUAGAAAAUUGAGGGUGUACCUUAUAAUGGGGUGUACCUUAAAUAGAGAGUAUCCCUUCCCAUUGGCCUACCAAAAUUUUUUAAAGAACGUAUAUUACAUAGAAGUGUGCCCUAUAUUGGGAGUAUCUUGUUGAGAGGGUUUCUAGAAAAUUGUGGGUGUAUCUUAUAAUGAAGUGUCUCUUAAAUUGAGGGUGUAUUUAUAAGUGAGGUCCUUAAUUUUUAAUUUUUUCAGAAGUCAUUGAAAAAUGACUAUAAAUUAUUUAUCUCAAAUAAUUGGUUCAGAAGAGGAUGCUUUGCGUUUACUUGUUGCAAUUUUGGCUUGUUAUCCUUUAGCUAUUAUUCACCGAACAUUUAUUUAUAAAUUACCUGAAAGAUUUCAACAUGUAUUUUUUGUGGUUACUGGUGUGCUGCUUUAUUUGUUUUUCUGUGGUGUAGCCAUCAUCCAUACAAUUUUUUCAGUAAUUAUUGCCUAUUUAAUUGUCAAUUUGAUUCCUGGAACAGCUCUUUCUGUUGCUGCUGCACAUAUUUUCUUUUUAGGGCACUUAUUAAUUGGUAUUUGGUUUGUGGAAUCUUCAACUUAUGACAUUACAUGGACUACACCUUUUUGUAUUUUGACGUUAAAAAUGACUGCUUUAGUUAUGGAUGUAUAUGAUGGACAUUUACAGCCCUCUUUUUUCUUUCAUUUUAUUCCCUAUUCCCUUACUUCCAAAUUUUACUAUCUUGUUUCUAAAUUUUUUUACUGUCCAAGCUUGAAGGAACGUUUAAUUCUUUUGUAUUAUCCCAAAUAUUUUUGCGGACAAAUUGGGAUUUUUGAACUUUCGAAAGCCCUAUUUUCUUUUUAUUUCCCUCUACCCUCAAAAUUAAUCCAUUCUUGGUUGAUUCAGUUAUUUGGGAAAAAAUCAGAGCAACAAUCAAAAACAGCAAUAACGGACAAACCAAAUUUAUUGGAAAUUGCAGCUUUUGUUUUCUUCUUUAGUGGAACGCUUACUGGCCCUCAUUUUUCUUUGAAACGUUUUAGAGAAUUUGUUAAGGGGGAUUAUUUGGAUAGAGAAAGGAAUGAAGUUAGACAAUCCAGUAUAAUGGCAAGUCUUCAACGUUUUGUUGUUGGUGUAUUUUUUGCUGUUUUGUAUAAAUGGGGGACUGUUUGGGUGCCUGACAGUUAUUUUAAUUCUCCUGAAUUUUUGUCCCUUCCAUUAUUUUGGAAAAUAGUUUGGAAUACAAUUUGGUUUAAAUCAACAAUGUAUCGUUAUUGUGUUGCUUGGCUUUUAACAGAGGGAAGUUCAAUUUUGUGUGGAAUUUCUUAUAAUGGAAAAGAUUUAAAUGGGGAUGAUAAAUGGAAUGGAACUAGAAAUAUUAAUAUUAUUAAAUGGGAAUUGGGAAGUGAUUUUCAAUCGGUUAUUGACUCUUUUAAUUGUUGUACUAAUGAAUUUGCUAAAAACCAUAUAUUCAAAAGACUUAAAUGGCUAGGCAAUAAAUAUUAUAGCCAUUUAAUUACACUUUUAUAUUUGGCUGUAUGGCAUGGAUAUCAUUUGGGUUAUUUUAUGCUAUUUGCUUUUGAAUUUAUGUGUAUGGUGGCACAAGAACAGUUAUAUACAUUUAUUGCUUUUGGCCCUCCCCAAAUUCGUCAUUUAAUUAAUCUUUGGUGGGCAAAACCUCUUUGUUGGUUAUUUGGACGUUUAAAUAUCAGUAUUUCUAUGGCUUUUGCUUUUUUGACUUUUGGACUUGUUAAAAAGGAAAUUUGGAUUACUCCAUUAAAAUCAAUGUAUUUUUAUGGUUAUAUAAUUUAUUUUAUUGUCUGGCCAACUUUCUUUACCUUUGUAUUGCGCCCAUUAAUUAAAAAACCAAAAAUUUUAAAAGAAGAACAAAAUGGUGUUAUAAUUAAAAAUUCUCCUGUUGCUACACAGAUUAAUGAAGAAAAGAAGGAAAAAUGAAAAAAAUUGGUGGUAGAUUUUAAAAUAUUUUUUAA